AUGGAUGGUGCUUCCAGUAGUACUCAAAGUAAGAAUGUUUUACUGUUCGGUAGUGUUCCAUUUCAUGGCUCAUGUUCGUUGAAAACUAAGCGUAGAAGAAGUGACAUGUGUUUGAGCUCUAAAAAAAGCAAGCCAGAUGAAGAGUCUCUUGUGUGGCAUAAACAAGUUAAUUUUAUUUGCAUUGACAGUGAUGAAGAAGGAGAUCAAGGGUGGUCCAAAUUUUCUAAGGGAUAUGAUGAUAAUGAUGUUAUUUGCAUUGACAGUGACGAAGAAGUAGAUCAAGAGGAGUUAAAAUUUUCUGAUAAGAAAUUUUCUAAGGCUUGUGUUGAACAAGUAGAAAAUGUUGUUGGUGAUGAUGAUGAUGUUAUUUGCCUUGACAGUGACGAGGAAGGAGAUCAAGAGGAGUUGAAAUUUUCUGAUAAGAAAUUUUCUAAGGCUUGUGUUGAACAAGUAGAAGUUGUUGAUAAUGGUGAUGUUGAUGGUGAUGCUGAUAAGGUUGGAGAUGAGGAAUGGUUGGGAUAUCCUAACAAGAACAAAUUUGAGGUUGACGGCAUUAAUAUUCAAAAUGAGGAACAAAGUGGCGAUAUUGUUGGUGAAGGAGGGUUGGAAGAAUAUUAUAAUGAUGAUGAUGAAGAUGAAUUUGAUGAUGGUGAAGAAAGUGAGGAAAUUGAGACUAGUGAUGAAGAAUUUCUAGUUGAUAAUGUGAAUGAUGUUUUUGAAAGUGAUGAUAGCCGUGGUGGUGGUGGUGGUGGUGAUGAUGAUGAUGAUGUACAAUCUGUUCGAGGUUUACGUGUUGGGGAUGAAAGUGAUUCUAUUAAUCAAAAACAGAAGAUGAUUGAUAGGAAGGGAAGUGAUUAUAAAGGUAGAGCUAGCAGCAGUAGUGGCGAGAAGAAGGAAUCCAUGGAGUUGCGUUUGAAUCAAAGGGGAAAAAGCACAGUUUUUAUGCCGAAGGAGUUACGUUUACACCAACUCCUUGCUGAAUACUAUUGGGGAAACAAGAAUAGUAGAAUUCAGAAUGAUUCACCUGUGUUGGAGAUGAAAGAUGUUAUUCGGCGUGAUACAAGAUCACCACCUGUUUGUACUGUGACAGCUCCAUUGAUAUGGAGCCUUAAAAAGGCGGAGAAGGUGCAAAAGACCAAGAGCGAGAAGGAGGAGGAAGUACUAUGGGAUAAAAUGGAAACAAGCCUUAGAGAACUUGAAGCUGAAUCCAUGAUGGGAAAUUUAGGGACCAAUAAAGCUGUGAAGGAAAAGAUGGAAAGUUCAUCAUCUGAAUGUGAUCAUGACAUUCGUCUCGACGAAGAGAUUGGUGUAUAUUGCAGGCGAUGUGGUUGGGUUGUCACUGAUAUUAAAGAUGUCUCGCCACAAGUGGUUGAUAAAUUUCCUUAUGAAGGGUCCGGACAAAGGGUGUCGUUUGGUGAUGCAAAUGUCUCACACUUUCAUGACUCCUACUUCAAUGUUUUUAAUAAUGACUUGGGGACUAAUUUCUCGUACGACGAAAGAACAGUUUGGGACCUAAUUCCUGAUGUAAAACAAACCUUAUAUUCUCACCAACAAGAAGGUUUUGAGUUCAUUUGGAAUAAGUUAGUAGGAAACAUUGAACUUCAAGGGUUAAAGAAUGCCAAUCUUCAAAGGGAGGGGGUUGCAUUAUUUCUCAUGCUCCGGGAACUGGAAAGACAAAGCUGA